AGACAACAUGGAUACUUCGUGCCUUCGUUUGAGAUUUACACCUCUAUUCAAAAAUAUGUGUAAAAGUAACUCUAAGUGUAGUUUGGAAAUUGUGCCAGAAGUGUCAUGUAUACAAAAUCUUGAUAAAAUUCAGUGGCAACAUGGAGAUAAUACUAUAGAAUAUACAAUACCAAUAACAUAUAAAGUAAUUCUAAAAAAGAAAUUAGUGACCAAAGAAGACGAUGACAAUGCAAUAAAAACUUACCACUCCUGUGUCGAUUUAUUAACAUCUUCAUCGUUCACCAUUUUAAGUGACAAAUCUGGUUAUAUCACAAAAGUUUUAAGUGACAGUUUACUUCUGAAUAAACAGUCAGAAAUUGUAGAAAAUGAAGACUUAAAACCUACAAAAAAUCAAGCGACAGGGACAAAUAUCAACGAAACUCAAAGGACAAAACAUAAUCCAGUCACAUCUAGCAAUACUGGACAAGUACCUAUUAAAAAUAUAUACAAAGCAAAAGAAUUAAAAGACGAAGGCACUCAAUUUAUUAAUAAUAUAAGUAUUAAUAAUAGGUAUCACAUUGAAAAAGUAUAUUUAAUUGACAAAAUAACGAGCACUCAACUUAUGAGUGAGUUAGGUAACCAUCGCAAUCAAUCAGAUAUUGUGUCUUUCAACGAUACAUCAGAUUGUGUUUCUUCGUUUGCUUGUAAAAUGGAUCGCAAGCUGAGUUUAUCUCCAAUUUGUUCAGUCAACACUGACGAAAGUGUACCUGAUCAUAUAAAAGGAAGGCUUUCCAAUUUUAUCGUCUUGCAAAUACAAGAACCGAAACGUAUUACUUUAAACAAUCUUACUCAAUUUCAAAGUACUAUUGAAACGUAUGGUUUUGAAACAAUAAAGGAAAUUAAAAAUUAUGAUGGACAGCAAGGAUUUGAUGGAAUUAUGAAAAUUGAUGAUAAAUCGUUUUACCCAAUAAGUAAUAAUUCAUAUGAAAGGGUUUUACCUGAAGUACGAGUUGCUGACUUUAUGAAAGCAGUAGAAAAGGAACUAGCGCCGAUUAAGACUACGCUGAAUGACAUAAUAAGAAAAUGCACCUUGCUAGGAUUUGUUUGUAAAGGAAAUCAAAAUCCUAUGUCAUACAACUAUGUUCGAAAGAAAUCAAAAUCCAAUCGUGUUGUCUACUCUUUUGUGUUUGAUGGGUAA